UUUUUCAUUUCAGAAAUACAAAGCUCAAAUACGGCGUAUUUAUGACCAUGCCAUCGCCGAUUCAUCCCCAUUGAACGAACCCUUUUAAUAGCCGAACUGGAGUUUUACUUCUCAAGACGGUGCCAGUGAGGGGUCAAGCAGGAAAUCAAGGUUCUGACUACGCAAUUGAAGGAGAAAAAUCUGAGAUCUUGAAGGCGCCUACAAAUGGUGUUAAUCAAGAUGUCUUUUUUUCCCGCCUUUCGGGAAACAGGAACAAGGCUCCACUGAUGUCUGCUUGGACAUCAAAAGGAGGGAAACAGGGUUAUGGGGGAGAACAUUUCACCAUAAAGAAAGUUGCCAAAUCAAUCAAGUCAGCAACUAUCUCCACUGGUAGGAAUCGAAAGAUGGAUUGUAUAACACCUCCAAAUCCUACUUCAGGAAAUGUGCAUGAUGCAAUCCCAACAAUCUCCACUGACGAGAACCGAAAUCUGGAUCCUAAAGUUUCAAAUCCCAAUCCAGACAACCUAAUCAAUACGGAUGAGUUUAUGAAAAACUUGAAUGAAGUGAUUCAAGAGCUGGAUGCCACAGCAGUCACAGGUCCUCCUUCCUGUUCAUUAAAUCAAAGUCAGUCCCUGUCAAAUUUUACUGAUAUGCUGAAUUUGCUUGAGGAAGAACCUGUCAACUCCAAAGGUUUAACUGAUGAACCAUGCCCAGAUGAGGUUGCUCGCUACCUUGAUUCACUAUCAGAAAUUUUACUUGAGAACGACAGCCCACAACCAUGA